UCCACAUUUUUUCCUAAAAUGUAAUAGAGGAAUACCCCUCUCCCCCAUUUUCUCUCUCUCAAAACCCUAAGCUCUCCCUUAUAUCUACUCUCUCACAGUCGGCUCUCCACCGUCAAAUCCGUCCAGAUAUUUUUUAGCUUCUUUACUUAUACAGAUUCUACCUCAUGACUCUGAUUCAUAACUGAUUUAUUUGAAAAAGGAUGCCCAAGGACAAGUAACGUGGAGUGUACAAACCUGGAUUCAACAUUUGACAACUUUAAAUUGUGAAGCAAAAAGCUUGGAAGUGUCGUUGCGCACAUGCAUUUUUUGGUAUUUGAUGUUUGUACAAAUGGAUGUCAUUCUGUCCCUUGAUUGUUUCCUCCCUCCAACCUACAGCUAGAAUAAAUUCCAAUGUUUUCUUUUCUUAGUUGCAGAGGAGGUAGAAAUCUUGUGCCUGGUAAUGCAAAGACAUUUCACCAUGUCUGCUGAUCCUGCUUUGGUGGAGGAGGAUGCUUCUUCAGGCUCAGGAGAGGACUUAAACAUGUUAGAUGGACACAGUAAGCAUCAAACUGUAACACCAAAUUCAGUUCGUCGCAAGAGAAGUCGCAAGGCAACUGGUGAUGCUAUAGUUGAUGCAAUGCUGGAAAUUGCAGCUGCUUCGAAGAUGAGGGCAGCUGCCAUUAUGAGGAAUGAGGAGCGCUUUGCUAUAAGCAAAUGCAUAAAAGUAUUAGAUGAAAUGCAAGGUGUCGAUCAAAGUAUCUACUUUUUUGCAUUGGAUUUAUUCGAGAAUUCAAAUGCCAGAGAAACUUUUAUAUCUCUUAAGAAUGAGAGACGCUUGAUAUGGUUGCAGUGUAAGUACAAUUCGGCAAAUGCAGCUAACGGAUGAAAUGAAGAAUCCAUUCUAUUAAUUCUCGACUUUCAUAUAGUGGGAUUUUGCUAGGACAUUUUGACUGUAUAUGACUAUUAGUUCUUGACAUUUAUAUAUUGGGAAAUUUAUUACUGGGAGUGGCUGGAUGCUUAGUUCAAUUCGUAAUUGUUGCCAGCCGUUAUACAAAAAAAAAUGUUUUACUAGGGUGA